AUGGGUCUUAAGGUGAACGAAGGCGUUGAUAGGGCAGUUCCUCGGCUUACGCCUAUCUUUGUUGCAUCGACAAUCGACCCGAGAGGCACCAACAAGCUACUUACCACACUAAAGGAGAAUCUAGACUUUGUUUCUCCCAACACCUUCGAAGAUAUCAACGAUACUUUUGUGCUACAUGAUGAAAAUGACACCGAUAUUACCGAAGACUUGAACAUGGAUUCAGACGGAGAGCAGACGUUUGAUCAGGUUAUCUCGGCGCCCAAGCACAUCAAGUUUUUGGGCCCUAAUGCUUUCCCAGAACCAGCACAAACUCCAUACUUCGACAUGAAAAAAUAUUUUCAUCAUUUAAAGCAUCUCUAUGAGGCCAACGAUACACCACUGGGCAGCAUCGGUACUCUUCUUGCAUACGGCGAAGUUGUCACAUCUACAAACACCCUUCUCGAUAAGAACCCCAACUGGCUCGCCCAAUUGCCCCAUGGACUCACCUUCACCGCCACCACGCAAAUCGCCGGACGAGGCAGAGGCGGCAACGUGUGGAUCAAUCCAAAGGGAGUGAUGGCAACUUCGAUCUUGUUCAGACUUCCUCCAGGCGAGUCCAACAGCUCCAUCAUUGUCACGUUACAGUACUUGACUGCAUUGGCUCUCAUCGAGUCGAUCUUGGGCUACGGCGCUUCUGUUCAGGGCCAAGGCUCCGGGUACGAGGAUAUGCCCUUGAGGCUCAAGUGGCCUAACGACAUGUAUGCGCUCAAGCCUGAAUUCUACAAUCUGAUCUCGGACAAGGACGAGGUGAGUAAGACGGUCGAAGGCGACGACGAGAAGUGGGCCAAAGUCUCUGGAGCGCUUAUCAACUCGCAAUUUCUCAACGGCCAAUUCCAUCUCGUAUGGGGUGGAGGAGUGAAUGUGUCCAACGAGGCGCCCACCACUUCGCUCAACAGAGUUCUUGCCAGACUCAAUGAAUUGAGAGCCAAAAAGGGGCUUCCUUCUUUGCCUCCGUAUGAGCAUGAGCUUCUUCUUGCGAAACUCGCCUUCAACAUCGAGCAGUUCUACAGCGUGUUCCAGAAAUCUGGUUUGCAGCCAUUCCUAGCCCUUUACUACAAAAGAUGGUUCCACAGCAAUCAGCACGUCCGGUUGGAUGCUAAGGGAGACGGCAAUGUGAGAGAUUGUGUUAUCAGAGGUGUCACCAGUGACUAUGGUCUUUUGAUCGCCGAAGACACCAAGACUCACGAACGGUUGGAGUUGCAGCCAGACGGGAAUUCCUUCGAUAUCUUCAAGGGCCUCGUAUACAAAAAGCUGUAG